CAAAUGCACGAAGACAACUUGUCGGUCGAGCACGUCGGCAAUUUUUAGUACAUCGGUUGCUGCAUUGCUGAAGACUUUUCCUCUCGGUUGUCGCAUCGCUGAAUUGAUCUGCCACAUUGCGGAACAUCGGUGCGUUACUUCGUUCUUUUGCUAGCGAAGGUGUUACGAUGAAUGCAACACUGCUACUAAGUCUCCUGCACCCGAACAGCUACGAAUGUCCCGACAAAAAUGUUAUACAUCAGGUCUCCCCAGAGUUGAGGUACCAGUCUGUUGAGUGGGAGAUGAAUUUUUGUCCCUCCGGAGACGGAAUUACUUUUCUGUUAAGUACGGUGUGUUUCUGGUAAAAAAUGCGACAAUUUACUAGCGUACCCUUCAAGAUUGUGUCACAAGAGACACGACGUAGUUCUACUUUCCGAGCCACACCUGACCGCAACUUGCGUAUGUAAGCCCUCUCGUGAUCGUCCCUUGAUCUCCGGUACGCGCUUCUACUUCA